CAACAACAAAAUGCCUGCGUUUUAUCCAGUUUGUACACAACGAUGGAAGACCUCAAAACACAGAAAGGAUUAUCGGGACCAAAAGAAAGAGCUCGGACGGAGUGGCAGCGGUCGUACGAAAACAAGUCCACAUUUUGACUUGCUAAACUCGGUCCUCGGAGACAGACCGACGAGUGGUGUGGGAUGCACCGUGAAUUCGCUUUGUCUCUCGUCAAUUGGGUUGGAGGACGAGUCAUUUAAUGCUGGCAUAUCUCGUUUGGAGUGCAGUGAGUCGGAACCACCACCACCUUUGGCGUGUAGCUCGCCCGUGCACAUGCUUGGGUCUCUUGCCACAACAAGCAGCUCUUCCCAGGAAUCUCUGGUGACCCUAACCCAGCCAGUGGGCCGUAACAAACAGGUUAAAAGGAAGCGGGAUUCGUCAUCUGGCCUUGUCCCGUUAAUGGAGAGGAGUGAAGCCAGGGACGAAGAGCUACUGGAGCAUAGCCGGGCGAUGCUUCAGGAGGUGCAGAACGGCAAUGCUGAGUUCCUACGGAUCUUCAACGUCACAGAGCAGAGCAGAAUCGAGCAGAGCCGGAUCGACGGACUCGCCAGAAUCGCAAAGGCCGAGCAUGACAGCCACAUGCUUGGCUUGUUAGACAGGAUGGUGAAGGUGAUGGAGGCCAACAGCAAACAAUGACAUUAUUUUUGUAUCUCCAUUGUUCAUGCCCCUUUUGUGUACAUAAUUUUUAAAUACACUUAGUUAUAUAGUAUAUACAGUAUGUUCUCCACACUUUUUUGUGAAUACUUGUAUACAUUCUUUUUUAAAUACACUUAGUUAUAGUAUAUACCGUAUGUUCUCCACACUUUUUUGUGAAUACUUUGUAUACAUUAUUUUUUAAAUACUCUAUUAUAUAAUAUACAGUACAAAUAUUGUCCAUACUUCUGAUUCUUUGAUUUGUAUGUAAAAUAAACAUAACUCAAAAGUCAUGUCUUAUUACAUUUUAUUUUUUCAGUGAUCCACUGCAAACUAGCUAAUGUCACUAUGAUAAAACACUGAACUAAAACAGUGGUAGAUGACAAGUAUGACUACUUGUAUGCUAAGUCUGAUUCUGCCAUGCAUUCUUUAAACAAAAUGAUGCUAAAUGGAAUCGUUACCUGUGUUAUCUAAAAUAAAUGUGUCAUU